AAUCCUGCACCUUCUGCCCCACCCCCACCAACUGCACCGCAGCAAAACCAAUACUGCGUCAUAGGACCAUAAACCUCCGUCCUUGAGCCACACUCUGCAACUUUUUCUCCAGCGUUUUCCGCAAGAUACCCAAUUUCAAAUUCAGAAAAUCGGUUUCCUACAUACAACUCAACCCCAUGACAUCGCCAGGCAAGCACCGACGCACUUCUGUUAUCGUCGACGACCCGCUAGCCGCACCUUCAGUGUACUACGGAACCUCGCACGGUCGGAGAACUGGACGAGCGAAUACGUACUCCGCCUACACCCAGAUUCAAGACACAGCCGUAGGUCGCAAUGCACCCGUAGAGGACGGCAGGUACGCGAACCGUCGGAUAAGUCAUGAUGAGUCGUCGUUCCAGCCGCGCAAAUUCCUCAUUCGGGUCGAGCCGACGCUCAAGACCCUCCUGUCGCGAGAAGACACGGACGACAACAUGCAGAUAACGAUUGAGGAUAACGGUCCAAAGGUGUUAUCGGUCGGUACAUUCACAUCCAAUGCAUACAACAAGUUCGACAUCCGCGGAAACUACAUGCUCUCGAAUCUGCUUCAAGAGCUCACCCUCGCCCAAGACUACGGCCGAAAAACCAUUGUCCUCGACGAAGCUCGCCUCAACGAGAACCCCGUCAGCCGCCUCAGCCGUCUGAUAUCGACUUCUUUCUGGGACGGAUUGACACGUCGCAUCGACGGGAACAACAUUGCACAAGUUGGGAAGGACCCAAAAGACUGGACGCCCAACCCAGUUCCUCGAAUCUACAUACCCCGUGGUGCGCCGGAGCAGUACGAAUUCUACACUCGAUUUGCUAGAGAGCACCCCGAGAGCAGGCUGGAUGUCCAAUGGCUGGCCGAAAACUGCACAGAUGAGCUGUAUGUCAGGGACCUGAACAAGGCCCCCGGGUUGUUGGCCAUCGCCAUGGAGGAGCAUUUUGACCCUUCAUCAGGCCGCACAGAUCUCAAAGGCCUACCUUUUGUGGUCCCUGGGGGUAGGUUCAAUGAACUCUAUGGCUGGGACAGCUACAUGGAAUCGUUGGGUCUCCUUAUCAAUGACCGUGUGGAGCUGGUCAAGUCCAUGGUCAUCCAUUUCUGUUUCUGCAUCAAGCACUACGGUAAGAUCCUGAACGCCAAUCGCUCAUACUAUCUCUGUCGCUCCCAACCGCCGUUCCUGACCGACAUGGCCCUCCGCGUCUACGACCGCAUCCGAUACGAGCCAGGAGCUUUGGAUUUCCUGCGUGAGGCAACAUUGGCCGCUAUCAAGGAGUAUUACACCGUGUGGAUGAGUGAACCCCGCUUGGACAAGGAGACAAACCUCUCGCGGUACCGACCUGGCGGAGUUGGCGUGCCCCCCGAGACGGAGGCUUCCCAUUUCGAGCAUAUCCUGACGCCAUACGCCGAGAAGCAUGGCAUGACGUUCUCGGAGUUCGUAGAUGCGUACAACUACCAGCGCGUCAGCGAGCCCGAGCUGGAUGAGUACUUUUUGCACGACCGCGCCGUACGCGAAUCGGGUCACGACACAUCCUAUCGUCUGGAGAAGGUGGCGGCCAACCUUGCAACUGUGGACCUGAACUCUCUCCUCUACAAGUACGAGGUGGACAUUGGCCGCAUCAUCCGCACGCACUUUGGUGACAAGCUGGUGAUGCCUGCCGAUAUGUGCGGGCCAGGCAUGACCCCGGGCCAAGUGGAGACCUCUGCCACCUGGGAACGCCGAGCACGAAAGCGUCGUUUGAUGGUUGACAAGUAUCUCUGGGACGAAGAGGAGGGCAUGUACUUUGAUUACGACACGGUGAAGAAGCAGAGGACAGGUUACGAGAGCGCAACGACCUUCUGGCCGCUGUGGUCUGGGCUUGCCACGCCGCGACAGGCAGCUGCCCUGGUUGAACGGGCGCUUCCCAAGUUCGAAGUGUUUGGAGGCUUAGUGUCUGGCACAGAGAGGUCUCGCGGCCAGGUAGGCCUGGACCGCCCCAAUCGACAAUGGGACUACCCCUUUGGCUGGGCACCGCAACAGAUUCUGGCCUGGGUCGGGCUGCAGCGGUAUGGUUACGAGGCCGAUGCACAACGUCUUGCGUAUAGGUGGCUAUAUAUGGUGACCAAGGCGUUUGUCGACUUUAACGGCGUGGUGGUUGAGAAGUACGAUGUGACGCGACAGAUUGACCCGCACAGGGUCGAAGCGGAGUACGGCAAUCAGGGUAGUGACUUCAAGGGCGUUCCUCGUGAAGGGUUUGGCUGGGUCAACGCCAGCUACAUCUACGGCCUUACGCUGGUCUCAGCACACAUGAAGCGUGCCCUGGGCACACUCACUACAUGGGACGACUUUGUCAAGGCCACCGAAGCGCUUGAUAUUUCGCUUUAACAAGAGGCUCGAGGGACUGUAAAGCAUGAAGCAUUGAUUCUCGAUCACAAGACUGCAUUUUGUCUGCCUAGGGUGCUAAUGAUGAUAUGUUCAAAAUCAUGAGGGGUUUGGUAUGCAUAUUGGGAUGAGUGGUAAACUGCUGCAACAGUGGCGAGGUACGGCAUU